AUGCCCCCAACAAGAUCUGGACGUGAAUAUGCACCCUCAGUCCAAUCAAGUAAUCUCGAGGUGGAAUGGUCUCAAAAGUCGAAAUCGCAAGGAACACGGUAUCCUAGAAAGGAUCCGUACUCAAAGCUCGAAAGUGAACUACGAAGGGAGAAGGAUCAUUUGAUGCUCAUUUUGGAACACAUCGAUAACCAAAAGUUGAAGCUGAAAACCGAAGAAACUGUCUUACUUGCGAUGCUUAAUAUCCACGAUCCAACAACAUCAAUACCUAUGUCAACUAAUGGUUUUAAUACGGAAGUCGAGGGUGGAGGAACUCUCAUAGUUAAAGAUGUUGAUGGUAGCUUUAAGUCGGCACUUGCGAACUCACCAAGUAUUCCUUGUUUAAGUCCUGUUUCGCGCCAAAGUCAGACUGAAUUAAUGGACAACACAUCACAAGAAUUAAAUGGCUUGUCCUCACCGGUUAUAACUACAUUUCGUUCCUCCGAUAUAUGUGAAGGAUCUGUGGUAGAUGCGGAUGACGAACCUUAUGCAGCAGAUGCUCGAUCGGAUGUUUUAGUUACCACCAACUCGACGGAUAUGGAAAUUGCCAAUGCAUUGUCCAUCCUGGAAAAUAUGUCAGAUUGUGAAGAUGUAGAUGUAGAUGAAAUGGCUAACGAAAGGGAGUCAUCUCCUGUCGAUGAGUUCCAGAGAGAUGGAGAGAUCACGUAUAACACGGGUAAGUUUGAUCAUAUGAAAAAUGUUCUUUCUGCCUGUCUAACACUGAAUUAA